GAUCAUCAUUUUACGUGAGUGAAUCAAACACCUAAUGUUACAGGACAGGUGUACUAGCACCUAUUGGAUAGUCUUUUAUGUGCCAGGCAGAAUGUCGACUUCCAACAUUAGUGAUGACAGUCUCCCAAGCACUCUCUUCUUGACUGGGAUCCCAGGGCUGGAGUGGGCCCACAUCUGGAUUGCCAUCCCCUUUUGUGUCAUGUAUUUGGUAGCACUGGCUGGGAAUGCUGCCCUCAUCUUGGUUAUUGCCAUGGACAACGGACUUCAUGCACCCAUGUACCUUUUCCUUUGCCUUCUCUCACUCUCUGACCUGGCUCUCAGCUCCACCACUGUGCCCAAAAUGCUGGCCAUCCUGUGGCUCCAGGCUGGUGAAAUUUCCUUUGGUGGCUGCCUGGCCCAGAUGUUUUGUGUCCACUCUAUCUAUGCUUUGGAGUCAUCAAUCCUUCUUGCCAUGGCCUUUGAUCGAUAUGUGGCCAUCUGCAACCCACUGAGAUACACAGUCAUCCUCAACCAUACAGUCAUAGGCAAAAUUGGCCUUGUUGGGAUAUUCCGUAGUGUGGCCAUUGUUUCCCCCUUCAUCUUUUUAUUGAGGCGACUGCCCUACUGUCAGCACCAUGUCAUGGCACACACAUACUGUGAGCACAUGGGCAUUGCUCGACUGGCCUGUGCCAACAUCACUGUCAAUAUCAUCUAUGGGCUGACUGUGGCGCUGCUGGCCAUGGGUCUGGAUUCUAUCCUCAUUACUAUCUCCUAUGGUUUUAUCCUUCGUGCUGUCUUUCGUCUUCCUUCACGUGAUGCCCAGCACAAGGCUCUGAGUACCUGUGGCUCCCACCUUGGCGUCAUUCUGGUCUUCUACAUUCCUGCCUUUUUCUCCUUCCUCACCCACCGUUUUGGCCAACACCGAGUCCCCAAGCACGUGCACAUCUUUCUGGCUAAUCUUUAUGUGCUGGUACCUCCUGUGCUCAACCCAGUCAUCUAUGGGGCUCGGACCAAGGAGAUUCGGAGUCGACUUCUAAGACUACUUCGCAUAAAGGUUUCAACGUGAAUUCUGAGCAGAGGUCAGAAAUCAGAAUAUACAUUUGCAUAAUAGCAAUUUAGAUGCAUUUCCAUGGGUGGAGACCUAUGGUAUGAGAGGAAUGCAUUAUGUGGAAGUAAACUCUGGAAAGAGAAAAAAGGCCUAAUAAAUUGGAGAUGUCAAUAAUCACAUUGAAAUAUCUUUUUUCUAAGGCUCUUUAAGCAGCCCUGAAUAGCCAGAAAGGUGAUAACGUUUUUAAUAUUGUCUCAGAAGUAUCUACAAUUCUGUAAAGAGUAAGGCAGUUGCUGUUCUGAAAGGAUUCUGGGUUUCAUAGUGGGGAUGUUCUACUGUAAGUUCAAAUAGAAAAAAAUAACAUUUGAAGUAAAUUGAAUUUGAAUUUCAAUAUUUUGAGUGCUUAAGCACACAAGAUCUAAAGUCAGAGAGUGCCUGGAUUUGAAUCUUGGUUCCCUUACUUCCAAGUUUGGUGACCCUGAGCGUCUUGUUAAAUCUUUUUAUGCCUCAGCUUGACAAACUAUUAAAUAGUGGGUAAUGACAGUAUCUAACUCUGAAUGUUGUGGUGAAGAAUAAAUAAAUUAACAGAUAUAAAAAGCUUAAGACAUUGCCUAACAUGUAACAUGCUCAAUAAAAUAAGAUGAGAAACUUAUGUAACCUCCCUAAAUAUUUUUAACCAAGUUAUAAUUUAUUUAGGGCUGUUUUAUAUUAUAUCACUUCACAGGGUUAUUGUGAUAACUAUAUAACAACUCAAAAUAUUUAGACAGUGUUUAUAUUAUGAAUAGUGCUCAUUAAAGCUGCAUUUUCUCCACCUAUCUGGUCUUCCAUUUUGAGAUCCCUUUCUUCUUAGCCAUAAAGUAAUUUCUUAAGGAUUCAAGGGAGAUGCCUCAGAGUCCAAAUGCCUUUUUAAAUAAUUCUUUAUUGCAUUAAUAACCUCAGUUCCAAAAUACACAAACAGGUCCACAGAUACUCCUUCCAGUGUCUCAAAAAUAUGGUUGUCAUUAUCUGCAUUUUAAGUUAAGAGCCUGUGAUUCAGAGAGGCUAAUAGUAUUAAGGUUAUGUAUUUGUAAGGACAAUAUCUCAUAUGUUAUCCAGUGUUUUAUAAUGGAAAGGAAUGUAAUAUGUAGAUCCAGAUAUA